AUGUCCGAACCUCGAGAAAGCCCCAGCAACCCAAGUGCAGAGCAGCAAGCUACACGCGUCGAAUGCUCCUCCGCUCGCCCACGCCCACAGCGCACAGGCUGGGGGACAACAAUCAGUCUUAUGCUGCGGAUGAAAGACCCCACCCAUCGUGAGCGCGGGGCGUGGGUGCAAGAGCAGGCCGGUCGCCUCUCCGUCACAUACAGCACGGCGACGGAUCAGCACCACGUACUCCUCGUCUACACAGGCAGCAAAUACACCACCAAGUUCGAGGAUGUCGUCGGCGGUGGUGAGGGCCCGACGGAGGUUAUAUCUUGGCGAUGGGGCUGGCUGCCGAUAUGGUGGUCGUACCACGUGUGGGUUUUCAAAGCCGGGGAUUUCGAUCUGCAGAGUGAUGGGGGGGUUGUGAACUUUUGCUGGGAAUCGCCGUCGUUUGAGAGACGGGAUAAGUUUGUUGGGUUCAAGAGACUGGAGUGA